AUGAUCAGCUUUUUGAAUAGGCGAGCCCAACUCGAAAGUACACGAGCUCAGACGGCUCCUUCUAAGCCAAUCAACUCGGGAGAUCGAUCAAGAUCGACAAAUUCUCGAUCUGAUGCGCGCUCUCAAAAGGCGUACAUGGCUUCUACCUCUUCUAUUCUGUGUCUCUAUUGUAAUAAGAAUCAUUAUACUAAUUUAUGUCCUAAAUUCUUUGCCUUAAAUCCCUCUCAGCGAUUCGAAGCCGCCAAGAAAGGAGGAUGGUGUAUCAAUUGCCUUCGCAAAGGUCAUCGUCCACCUCAAUGUACCUCCAUCAGUUGCCGUAAUUGCCAACAAAAACAUCACACUCUUCUGCAUUUCGACUCGCGAGCUAAUAAUAACAAGAAUCAUAACAAUUUUCAUAAUAAUCAUAACCAUGCAAACAGCAAUAAUAAUAACAAUGUUAAUAAUCGUCAAAAUCAUCAAGGCAACGGAGAUCAAACCCCAGAGGUUUCACCCUCUAAUCUUACAAGCUCUUCCAGCGUGAACAUGCACGUGCAGGUCUCAUCUGAAGCAGUCCUGGCUACAGCGAUCGUCGAUAUUUUAAACAAAAACGGAAAAGUCAAAAUUUGCAGAGUAUUUUUAGAUGCAGGCUCUCAACCUCAUUUUAUUACUGAAAGCACAGCAAAGUUCCUAAACCUAGAGCGCAGGACGGUCAAUAUUUCAGUAUCUGGUCUCGAUGAUAUAUCAACGAACGUUAAUCAGUCUACUUCUGCAACUAUAAAAUCUCGUCACAAUCAAUUUCAAAGAAACGUUAAGUUUCUAAUUGUACCUCAAAUAAGCACGACCAUGUCUUCCAUUCAAAUUAACCAAUCUUCACUGGAAAUUCCUAAAAAUAUUCCAUGA